AUGGAAAAGGGUACCGAAAGAGUCUACCCGACCGCGUCUACAUAUGCUAUCAUGCUGCUAGCGUGGAGACGAUUUAAUCCCGAGUCUGACACGCCCGUCCACCUCUCCGAUAUGCCCAACCCAACCACCCUCCUUAGCAAUCUUAUAGAACGAGACAUUUCACCCACUGCUGUCGUCGCCGAUCGCGCUUUGGCAUCAUCCGAAGAAGCCUCUGACAUCAUAAAACUUCUCUCCAAAUCUGCAGUAGAUCUCAAUCUCCCUCGUGUGGUGGCUGAACUCGGUCAGGCUGAAUCUCUUGGAAGUCAUGUCCCAGACCCAUUGGAGGGUGUCCCAGAGGUCAAGCCUGUCACGCGACUCGUCACGCCCUCUGAGGAAACUUUGGAUGAGGACGGGAAUGUGAUACCCGCGCAGGCUCAGGAAGAAGUUCCCUUCAACCUCAACAAUCUUCGCAACCACUUGGCUCAGGUUACCCUUGCACGACGCGUCCUCCCAGAAGACCUCGCUUCCCGACAAAAACUCCUAGAAGAAUCAGUGUACGACGUUGCAGUAGAGCGCCUCCGUCACGAAGCCAAACUAUUUGACGAGCUAGGUCUAGGCAAUCGCGAACUCCAGCGCGCGGAUUUACAAAAGUGGAUGUGGGACUGGCACCAAAAGCUCAAGACGCGUCUUGAGGCAGAAAUACAGGAGAUCAUCGCUGCAGAGGCCAAAUUUAAUAUCUGUGUUAACCGCCAGCUAGCUAAAAACAAGCAAACACAACGAAUGGGCCCCUUCCUCUCCCUCGUCAAGCCCGAGAAACUUUCCCUCAUAACUAUCCUAGAGAUUAUGCGCCUCCAAGGCAGCGGUGGCGUCUCGGAUGGUAUGAAAACUGCCCGUGCGCUGCUUACCGUUGGGCGCGCGGUCGAAAAUGAGUACAAAGCUGAGAUGUGCAAGCGCAACAAUAUCGCCAUUCCCUCGCAUGCGCGUCCAAGCGAGUUCACAGGUUAUUUCACCGGCCUCGGGUACAAGGACUUGCACGCGCGCCGGAUGACGGCUGCAAAGUACAUGGAAGAUAGCGAGGAGUGGACCACAGAGUGGACGCAGCUACUUAGAGUACGCGUUGGGAGUAUCCUCGUAGACUGUCUCAUGGACACGGCGACGAUCGAGCGGACUGCUGUGGAUAGACGUACCAAUGAGGAGAUUAAAGAGAAUCAACCGGCAUUCUACCAUGCGUACGAAUACGUGCGCGGGCAAAAGCUUGGUGUCAUCCGGUUAAAUCCUGUGGUCUCAGAACGCAUCGCAAAAGACGGCCUGCGCGAAACGCUUCACCCACGUCAUCUGCCCAUGCUCGUCAAGCCCAAGCCGUGGCUCAGCCACGACCAAGGCGGAUAUCUGUAUAAUCGAUCUGCUGCCAUGCGCUUCAAAGACUGCCAAGAGCAGCAAACCUACCUCGAGCAUGCAACCGCGCUCGGUAACGUCGAACUCGUCUACGCAGGACUGGACGUUCUUGGUAGCACGCCCUGGAAAGUGAACCGGAAUAUCUUCGACGUCGUGCUCAAAGUCUGGAACUCUGGUGAACGGCUGGGCAAGAUCCCCCCAGCAGUAUACGACAAGCCAGAGCCAGAGAAGCCCGCGAACAUGAAUACGGACAUCAAAGCUAAGAGCGUGUACGGGACGCGUCUGAAGGCAUUCAUGCAGGACAGAGCAAACAACCAUUCUGAUCGGUGUAGCAUCAACUAUAAAAUCGAGAUCGCUCGCGCUUUUCUGGGUGAUACGAUGUACCUUCCUCACAACCUCGAUUUCCGUGGACGCGCGUACCCCAUUCCUCCCCAUUUCAACCACAUCGGCGAUGACCUCAGUCGUGGACUAAUCAUGUUCGGUGAUGCGCAGCCCCUUGGCGAGCAGGGCCUGCGGUGGCUCAAAAUCCACCUUGCAAACUUGUACGGGUACGAUAAGGGGAACUUUGACGAGCGUGUCAAGUUUGUGAUGGAUCAUCUUGAAGAUGUGUAUGAUAGCGCUGAGAAGCCUCUCGACGGUAACAGGUGGUGGACGAAAGCUGAUGAUCCAUGGCAAUGUCUCGCGACAUGUAUGGAACUGCACGCGGCGCUCGAAUCAGGCGAUCCACUCUCAUACAUGUCGUCCCUCCCGGUGCAUCAGGACGGGACGUGUAACGGGCUACAACACUACGCCGCUCUUGGCGGUGAUGUCAAAGGCGCUGCGCAAGUCAAUCUGAGCGUGACGGACCGCCCGUCGGACGUGUACACCUACGUCGCGAACAUGGUGGAGAAGCUGCUUGAGGAAGACUUGAAAAAUGGCGAUAAGUAUGCGGCUCUGCUUGCUGGUCGGGUUUCUAGGAAGGUUGUCAAGCAAACUGUGAUGACUACUGUGUAUGGCGUGACUUAUAUCGGCGCUCGCGAGCAGAUUGAGAAGCAGCUUAAAGAUAGGAAGGAUAUUCCCGAGGAAGAGUGUUGGGGUGCCAGUGCUUACCUCGCCAAGAAGGUGCUCUUUUGUAUUGGUGAUCUGUUCGCAGGAGCCAAAGCCAUUCAAAUCUGGCUGAACCUCUGCGCCCGCCUCAUCUCCAAGUCUAUCCCAGCCGACCGCAUCCCAGAUGCAUUGCAAGCUCCGAAAGGGCGUAAGAAGAGCGGUUCUUUGCUCCCUAGGAACCGUAUCAGGAAAGAACAGAUGUCGUCCGUCGUAUGGACGACGCCCCUAGGCCUCCCCAUCAUACAACCGUACCGUAAAACGAAGCGCAAGCAGGUCAUGACAGCCAUUCAGAGCGUGUUCAUCUCCGACCCUAACGCGCCUUCUGAGGUGAACGCUGUGAAGCAGGCGUCAGCGUUCCCGCCCAAUUUCAUUCAUAGUCUCGAUGCUACGCAUAUGAUGUUGACCGCCCUCGAGUGUCGCACCCAGGGCUUAACAUUUGCGUCUGUGCAUGAUUCUUAUUGGACACACGCUAGCAGCAUCGACAAGAUGUCUGAGAUCAUCCGAGACACCUUCAUUGCGCUGCAUUCCUCGGACGUGCUCGAGAAAUUGUCUACAGAGUUCCGGACUCGAUAUGCAUCCCACAAGGUUCCUCUCACAGCGCUCCGCACCGGCAAGCUGUUGAAGAACCUUCAAGCUGCAGGCGUACGUAUUGUAGCUUCGUCUGAACAAGCAGCCGCACUCCGUGAAGGCGGCUAUACGACGUUUGACAACAUCAUCGAUGUUUCAGACGAAGAAGCUGGAUCCAUUGCCCAGAUUUCGAAAUUGGAAACUGAGACUUCGAAGCCUAAGACUGCUCCAAAGCCUAAGCAAAAACGUGGCCGGCCCGUCAAAAACAUGGUCAUCGUCGAAGGUGCCAAAAUGGACGUUCCAGUUGUUCCCACGGAGCACGAGGAAGAUGAGGACGACGACGCAGGCGAGGAUGACUUUGAUUCGCUUCUGGUGGAUAAAUUCGUUGAUUUGAGCGCUGUGCUUCCUCCUUUGCCGAAGAAGGGCGAUUUCGAUGUGGAGACGAUCAAGAAGUCGCAGUACUUUUUCUCAUAA